UUCCAACUCUGAAAAAGCAAAAGGCCCACUACUUCUCACUCUUCCCACUACAAACAAACUCACCAUCAAGUGCAUAAAUUUAGACCCUCACAUAGCAUUCUAUUUCAAUCCAAAUGAUCAAUAUUUAUCCCCACAUAAUACCCAUUUUCAAUAUUUAAACAACUUUUCCAUAUCUUCUCUCUUCAUCCUUCUCCCUUUUCAACCUCUGUUUCUUGGGCUCGUCUUUAGUUUCCUAGAUGAGAACUUUUUUUUAUGACAAUGUACCCUUCCUCAAGCUCCUUGAUUUCUCUCUUAGGUUGUUUGUGAUUCCUGUAAGUGUUGCCUCCAUAUGGUUAACUGUGACUAACCAUCAGGACAACAGCACCUAUGGGAACCUAGACUUCAUCAAUCUCCUAGGCCUCAAAUACAUGGUCUGCAUCAGUGCCAUUUCUGCUGGGUAUGCUCUGGCUGCUGCUGUGUCCUCUUGGGUCAAAUGCUUAGUAACUAAAGCAUGGUUUUUCUUUGUUUCUGACCAGGUUGUAGCAUACUUACUGGUGACAUCUGGGGCAGCAGUGGGGGAGAUUGUAUACUUGGCAUACAAGGGUGAUAGGGAUGUGACAUGGAGUGAAGCUUGCAGUUCCUAUGGAACGUUCUGCACUAGGUUGAAGAUAGCUUUGGCUUUCCAUGCCUUAACUCUUUGCUGUUUCUUUGUCUUAGCUGUGAUCUCAGCUUAUAGGGUCUUUAGCAUGUUUGAGCCCCCUCUUCCUUCCAAGGACAAAGAGGUUGAAGAAAGAACAACUUAAACAUACAAUACAUUUAUUAUUCCUUUUGGAUGGGUUGUUUUGUGGUAGCUAGGUAGGUUGCUCUGUUGCCUCAUUGUAAUGUCAACAAUGUUUAGUUUUUAAAAACACUUUUUCUGAAUUUUAUAUGCAAAGAAUGCCACACUAUUUUUUGAUCAA